AUGAAGGCAGAAAACGAAACAAAUACACCUAACGAAAAUAUUACUGAGGAUGAGCAGGCAAUACUUGUUGAGGCCAACACAAGACGAGAAUGGGAAUCACAUGGGCAAUGGUUAAAAAGAAAAUAUUUUCUUUUAAAAAUGUUAAAUUAUCAUAAAAAAAAUAAUAUUAAAUUAAAUGUUGAUAAAUUUUCUAAAAUGGGUCAUAUGUAUUAUAACAUGAAAUAUCUUAGUUGUACAUAUAGUGAUCAAAUAGAACAAGAAAUAAAAAUUUAUGAAGCAGAAGAAUUUGUGGAAUAG